AUGCGCAGUAAAGGAAACGUCUACAAGAAAACCCUACAACGAGGCGCCGUCAAAAAUAUUCAAGGAGCAAAGAUUGCGCAAGAUACCGAAUGGAUUCGAGCACGUGCAAACCGAGCGCGAAAUACUGUCACGGUUGAAUCACCGGAAUUGUAUCCAGAUUUUUUUCGAAUCGAAGAGAAGGAAAAGAUGUAUAUGGUGUUAGAAUAUUGCGUGGCGUCACUGCAAGAGGUCGUCGAAAACUUUGAAAACGGGCGAUUGCCGGAAAACUGGGCUCAAUUCUUCUUCCGGCAGCUCAUCACCGGCCUCGAAUACCUACCCUCGAAGGGCGUCAUUCACAAGGAUAUCAAGCCGGCGAACUUGCUAAUCUCGGCCGACGGCACGCUGAAGAUUACCGAUUUCGGGGUCGCUGAGCAAUUGUCGCCAUUUCAGAACGACGACGUUUGCACGGUUGCGCGCGGCACGCCAAAGUUUCAGCCACCGGAAGUGGUCUCCGGGCUCAAUGCGGUUUUCAACGGGUAUCCAAUCGACAUCUGGUCGGCGGGCGUGACGUUGUACAAUCUUGUGACGGGCGCGUAUCCUUUUGAAGGCGAACUCAUCAUGCGGCUAUUUGAGAACAUUGCCGAACAGCCCUACCUACAGCCAACCAUCGAAUUGAGUUCAGAACUGAAAACG